CCCCCGAGGCCAGUUGAUGAGCGUUGUCUACCUGUGGAGGGGAAACACAAGCGAAUUGAAAACUAGUGUUCCCUCCUCACCCUAAUGGUCACGGGUGCUUGGAGAAAAAUGUCGGAUUUAUAUCGGGCAAGAAAAAAUAUUCAGAUCUGGAAUAAAAACACUUUGGAAGACGAAUUUGGACCGAAUGUUCUCGGUACUGCUUGCUACCGUACUUGUGGGACUAGUGCAUUCUGGAGGCCGUGCUUUGUCGAGGAAAAUAGUCGUCCUCGUCGACAGGGACUUGUAUGCCGACUUCUUCUCACGCGAUUUGUCAUCGCUCUUGUCAGUUGCAUACAAUGUAUCGUCAUCAGAAAUUCUGACUUAUCGGAUGAACAAUACAAACACUCCUCUUCAUAUCUCUUCCUUAUGUGGCAAAUACAAGGAGGAUAUUGUUGUAAUACUUGACACCACUGCCUCGUGCACGUUUGCCAACGUUGCCGCGACCUUAUUCAGACAUUACGUACGGGUAUCCAACAGAAAGUGUAACGGCCAGAAGGUAAUAAACAUACGUCCUGAUUUGACAUUUUACAGCGAGGCUGCAUUAAAUUUCACUGACCUAGGAAAAACAACUGUAGCAAGGACUGUCUUCCUGUACGAUGACAUCUUCGGUAAUGACAGCAUCCCGGACCUUUUAUAUCAUGAGCUACCCAAUGCCCUCAUCCGAAAGAUGAUGGUGAUGACAUCCGCCAGAAGCUUGAAGGCAUGGGUAACACAGCUGGCAUCCAAGAAAAUAUUGCGUUAUAUUGUUGCAGUGGGAACAAAGUCAUCUCUACAAACCCUGUUCGAGAUGGCUUGUAGAGAUGGUGUCCCCGAUACCUUCCACUGGGUAGUAGUUCUUACCGACGCAUUACAGCUCAACAUGCCUGCCUGUCCCUUCAAGCACCUGGUCAUUUUUAGACACCGGCUCACGUGGGCCAACGUACCAGGCGUUGAGAUCAAUAGCAGCGUAGAUACUGGAUUUCUCAUUGAUGGUUUGACGACAGCCAUGCUUUUAUCAAGCAACCAAGGUGACGAUGACUGGAUUAAGCCAUGUAGUGAGAUAUCCUUUUCAAAAGAAGACAAUAUUUCUGGAGUGCAAUCUGGCAAAUACCCCGGCGUCAUUGGUAAUAUAUCAUCAACUCCUUCGCGGACUGAGACUAUGGUGCUAGAAAUAUUACAGCACAAUUAUUUAAAGACAAAACCAACAGAAAUAGGGACAUGGUCAAGACAAAGCAGUAUACAGCUACAUAAUGCUUCAACUCAAGGUCACAAGAGGCCCAAUGUAGUUGUUGUAACCAAACACGAACCCCCGUUUGUGAUACGCGAGGAGACUGAGAACGGAACACAGUACACGGGGUUCUCCAUGGACGUGUUCAAGGAGAUCUCACGGCGUCUUGACCUCGACUUCACGGUGUAUGAACCCAGGGAUGGACAGUAUGGCAAACAGAACCCUGACGGAACGUGGACAGGACUGAUGGGUGAAAUACUGACUGGGUAUGCCGACAUAGCUGUAGCGUCCAUGUCCAUGACAACUGAGAGAGACAUGGUAGCCGACUUCACAACUCCAUACUACGAAUUCGGGGGCUUUCAAAUCCUCAUCAAGAACAAUAACCCGGGCACAUCUCUACUGGCAUUUGCUAAUGUGUUUUCCGGGGAGGUGUGGGCGUGUUGGGCGUCCGUCCUUCUCCUGUCGGGUCUCCUCGUGUGUGUCUUCGAACGCUUGAGUCCCUUCAGUCCCUACAACAAGGAUCAGCAUAAGGCACGGAAGAAGUUCACUGUGAAAGAGGGACUGUGGCUUGUAACGGCGUCAUUUCCCAUGGCAGGUCCGGAGUGCACUCCUCGAACGUUCUCGACUCGUAUGCUGGUUGGAGGAUUCUGGUUCUUCUGCAGCAUCAUGAUGGCCACCUACACGGCUAACCUGGCAGCCUUCCUCACCACAUCCAGGCUCAGCGUCCCAAUAGAGUCGCUUGAUGACCUCGCAAAACAGAACACAAUCAAGUAUUCCGUGGUUCAAGGAACGGUGAUCCAUGAAUACUUUCAAAGGAUGGCGAAAAUAGAAUCGGAUCUUUACCAGGAAUGGAAAAGCAUGAGUUUUUACACCAAGAACAUAGGCAACUCUCGUACACUGCCCGCUAACUAUGCUGUGUGGGAUUACCCACUGGGGGACAAGUACCUCACGAUCUGGAGAUCCAUCCAGAAGACUGGCUUGAUAAAUAAUACUCGUGAAGGCAUUGCCAAAGUACUGGCAGGUAAUUUUGCCUUGAUUCAUGAAUCGCCUAUGAUACAAUACGAACUCUCCAAACACUGUGAUUUGCUUGCUGUUGGCAAACAGUUCAGCAGCAGAUCGUACGCAUUUGCUCUGGCAGAAGGCUCGCCACUGACCCGCAUCAUCUCAUAUACGAUAUUACAACUGCAGUCCGAGACUAUUCUGGAAACUAUGAAGACGAAAUGGUGGAAGAACGGCAGUUUGACAUGUUCCCAGGUUGAUGAAAGUGGCGGCCUCACAUUUCACACUGUCGGUGGCAUCUUCGUUGUUGCUAGUGUCGGCAUUGGACUUGGAGUAAUUGCCCUUGGUCUAGAGCGUCUGUGGGCGUCAUUGACAAGGGUGCCGAAAGAGCAACAUAACACUCAAGUAACGUCGCUGAAUGGCCAAACAAAUCUUGCUGCUGACUUCAACCCGGGGAUCAGUUAUCUUGCCAAGGAGUUCUACGGUGAGGAGGGCACGGCCGACAUUGACGCUAUCACACUGGAGAUGGCGCGAAUGUAUUAGUUGAAUUUUCACCAUGACUUCAAGCCAUGUAAAUGCCCAUAGAGAGAAUUUAUGGAUGUCAACUUCUUUAUUAUGAGGAACACAACGUUUCGGAAUA